CCGCUUCCAAGCAAACACAGUCUCACGUUUCAUUUCUUCUGUGUCGUUUAGCGGAGUCCCCGCUGCCUACGGCUCUCCCCCGGUCUCUUCCUGCCGCGGCCUCCGGUGGCGAGAGAAAACGUCGCUCUCGUCGUCGAUCUCGUCGUCGAUCUCGUCGUCGCUCUCUCGCCCAGCAAGUCGCCUUCGAGUGUCAUGUUUUCUUUCCUUCAUUCUUCGUCCCCUUCUGCCUGUUCGCUCUCGUCAGUCUCCUCCUUUCUGCCUCCUUUCGCCCCUCCCCUCUCUUGUCUCUCACUUCUCGUCGGUCUCUUCUUCCUCUUCGCUUUCUCGCCUUGUCUUCCUCACCCUCUUCUUCGUCUCCUGUUUCUCUCUUCACUUGCUCCACGCUUGCGGAUGCCUUUUUCUGGGAACAAGCUCGCGGAUUUAUCUGCAUGCGACAGUCGAGAGAAGCAUGCAGAGGAUUCUGGAGCCUGUCUCGACUGCAGCAGAUAGCCAUAUGCAGAGACUCACGUACCUGUAGAUCGCCUCAACUUGGGCGCGUUCGAGGCUUCUUCCAGGAGGAUGGAGGCGCCGAGAGGGGGCGGUAACGCCCAAGCCUCGACAAGGAGACGAAGGAGACAGAUAUGCAUUUGCAUGGUCAGUGACUUCUUCUUCCCUUCUCUCGGAGGAAUUGAAACGCACAUCUACCAUCUCUCACAGUGCCUCAUUCAGCGAGGCUACAAAGUUGUUGCAAUCACACACUACACAGACGGUCGACAUGGCGUCCGCUAUCUUUCGAACGGCCUCAAAGUGUACUAUCUCCCUUUUGUUCCUGUUCACGACAACGCUACCCUCCCGACAUUCUUCUCGUUUUUUCCUCUGAUUCGAAAUAUCCUGCUGCGAGAGCGGGCGGACAUCGUCCACGGUCACCAGGCAACCAGCCCUUUGGCCCACGAAGCCUCUCUCGUCGCUCGCGCUCUCGGCAUGCAUGUUGUCUACACAGACCACAGUCUGUUUGGAUUCGCGGACAUGGCUUGCAUCCACCUCAACAAAGUUCUGCGGUUUGUGCUCCACGACCUGGACGCAUGCAUAUGCGUAUCACACACUCACCGCGAAAACUUCGUCCUCAGAGCGGGUGUGCCUCCUUCUCGCGUCUACGUCAUCAACAACGCGGUGGACGCCAGCACCUUGGUCCCCGAUCCGUCGAAGCGUCCAAAGCCUCCGGAGAUUCGCGUCGUCGUCCUUUCGCGCUUGACCUAUCGGAAGGGCAUCGACUUGCUCGUCACGGUGAUCCCGCCAAUCUGCAAGAAACUCCCCAAUGUCAACUUUGUCAUUGGGGGCUACGGACCGAAGCGCAUUAUUCUUGAGGAGAUGCGUGAGAAGCACCGACUGCAAGAUCGAGUCGAGUUGAUUGGUGCUGUCUCGCACGACAAAGUUUGUGCGCUUCUCCAGUCCGGACAUAUUUUCCUCAACACCUCCCUCACAGAGUCGUUCUGCAUUGCCAUCGUUGAAGCGGCAGCGUGUGGGAUGCUCGUCGUAUCAACGAACGUCGGAGGCAUCCCGGAGGUUUUGCCGCCGCACAUGGUCUUGCUCAGCGAGCCCGACGACGUCCAAGUGACUCGACGCCUCGAAGAAGCGAUCUCCAUCGUUCACACUGUCGAUCCGUUCAGUUUCCAUGAACAAAUUCGGGAGCACUAUUCUUGGCACGACGUUGCCGCUCGAACGGAGCGAGUCUACUUUUCUCUUCUGUUUCCGGAGCAUGCGUCCUAUCCGCCGUGCUCUGCCUCGUCGCCUUUAGCGGCACCGUGCAACUGCGGUCAUGCGCCUCUGUGUCUGGAGGAGGACGAGGGCGAGCUCCAAGAAAGCGCGCCGGCCGAAGACUGCGUCGCGUCUGGAGAGCAGCACUGGCAGCGAGAAGGCAGACACCCGGACGCGGGCCAGGCAUGCAGAGAAGCCGGUCUAGUGCCUCGCUCUCUCAGUGGAAAAACAACCAACAGCUUCUACGAAGACAGUCUCUGUCAAUGCUGUCGCCAGCCGCCGCUCUGCUGCGGCUGUCUCUUGCUCCCGCCUUCGCCUCCGCCUCUCCCCUCACCCUUCAUCGUUGUUCAGAGACUGCGAAAAAUCUACGAACUGGGACCUGUCAGCGGAAAAAUCUUCUGCAUUGUCGCCAUCCUCACCUGGGUCUACAUUCGGAUUCUCGAGUUCUUCUCGCCAAGCGCUGAGAUCGAAGAAGCGCCUGCGUUUCCCUGCGACCUCCUUCUCCACCUAAGUGAGGACUCCGCAGAUCAAGACGGCCUGCAGGCGCGAAAGAGAACAGAGAGAGAGGAACGCGUCGAGGUGAAAGAAAGUGCAGGCGAAUGUAUCUGUUCAAAGUCGACUGCUCACACCCCCUGGGCGGCGGAAGCUAAUGCAGCAUCGACGGGAGGGGAGUGAAACGCGAAGGCAGCAACGAAGGAGAAGAGGUGACAGCGAGAGGCAAAGAAGCGAAGAAGAAGGAACAAAGUGCGUCUCGGGGUGGAGAACCAGGACAAGCGCUGGCUUUGCCUCCUUUAGUUGUGGUUUCCAUUUUGUUUCCUUCUGUAUCUGGAAGUGCAGCAUUUUGAAGAAAGCAGUGAGGGUCGUUUCCACGCCUAGGUUUCUGUUAGAGAGUGAAAGGCGUCACAGCGGUUUUCAAGUCGUCUUUCUGCAGCACAGGAAGCCACUGAGUUGGUAGACUGUCUGCACUUGCAUCCACGCGUACAAAUGCUGUUGGUGUCUAGUUGCUCCUUUCUCGAAAGGCGUUUCUCUUCAGUUUCGGUCCCUACCGUUCUCGUUGUGUCUCUGUCCUCUGUCGCCGCCGACAAGUCAAGAGAAAGAAGCUUUGUACGCGUUUUUUUCCACCUUACCGCAGCAGUCAGCGGCGGAGAAAUGAGAAGCCGGAGGGCACUGCUUAGUCGCGAAGACAGGCUUGUGUAAAGAAACAUGUAGGCACGUAGAGAACGGGAGUGGAGAUAACAUGCACACAGGGCGACGCGCAUGCGCAGCAGUCCUCGCAUGCAGAGAGACAUGUGUCUGUGCCCCUUCUGUGAAUGUCUCUUUUGUCUAAAACGAGUUCCGUCUUGUUCGUCGACACUGUUUUGCCUGUCGAGAAGUCGUUCACCGUAGGGCCCAGGUGAAUGAGAAGAAGGUCUUUGUGUAGCGUCAGGGUGAGAAAUGUAGCGACGCGAGGAAGGCGACGUCCUCAGCCUGAGAAAAUCAGUGUUGUCUUGCAUGCAAAAGCCUACUACACAGGUGUCUGCAGGGCUACGCAUUUGUACCUGUCUGCGCAUGCAAGCGUUUCAGACAAGUGGACGUUGUUGACUUGGCGCGUUGCGCGUUUGAUUUGUGAAGGG